UAAGUAUCUGUGACUGUGUUGGGCUGCAUUGAAUCAUAAACAUCAUCUGUUAAAAGAUGAUUAAGAUGAGACCAAGCAAGCUAAGUCUAGUCUCUGUGAUUUUGUUUGUGCUUUUGUUUUCCCAGUGUGUUCUUUCGCAGCUUCGAGUCGGAUUUUACAAAGAUACAUGCAGGGUAGUAGAAUUCAUCGUCAAAGAAGAAGUAGUGAAAGCCAUAAUUAAAGAUAGAGGAUUAGCUGCAGCUCUUAUGAGAAUGCAUUUCCAUGAUUGCUUUGUUAGGGGUUGUGAUGCAUCGAUACUCCUCAAUUCAACUCCGUCCAGCACAGCAGAGAAAGACUCUUUUGCUAAUAACCCGAGUUUACGAGGAUAUGAAGUCAUAGACAAUGCAAAGGCUAGACUGGAAAUUGUUUGUAAAGGAGUAGUUUCCUGCGCUGACAUAAUUGCAUUUGCAGCAAGGGACAGUAUAGAGAUGGCUGGAGGACUCGGCUAUGAUGUCCCUGCAGGAAGAAGAGAUGGUAGAACUUCACUCGCCUCAGAGAUAAUAGGAAACUUACCUCCCCCAACCUUUAAUGUCGACCAACUGACUCAAAUGUUCGCAAAUAAGGGAUUUACACAAGAAGAAAUGGUUACUCUCUCAGGAGGACACACCCUUGGGCGGUCACACUGCAGUUCAUUCAGUGACAGACUAUACAAUUUCAGUGGGACAUUGAAGCAGGACGCAAGUUUAGAUCCAACAUAUGCAGCCAAGUUGAAGCAGCAAUGCCCUCAGGGUAGCACGGAUCCUAACGUGGUGGUACCGAUGACUUCGACUCCGAGCAUUGCAGAUGCUGGUUACUACAUCGAUAUCCUAGCAAACCGAGGUUUGUUUACAUCAGACCACACGCUGCUAACAAGUCCACCUACAGCGAACCAAGUGGCUGAGAAUGCAAAGAAUCCUAUACAGUGGAAGGUGAAAUUCGCAACGGCAAUGGUGAAGAUGGGGCAGCUUGAUGUCUUGACAGGAUCCGAGGGAGAGAUUCGAGCUAACUGUAGAGUGAUCAAUAGCUAGAGAUUUGAACACAUCAAAUGUGUGAUGAUGAAGUUCAAAAAGUGAAUUUGAAGCUUUUUAAAGCUGGAUGUCACAUAAUUUGCAAUAGUUAAAAGUCAAAAGCACCAAAAUUUGGAUUAGUUGAAAGCACUAUGGUUGGUAAAAUAGGAUUAUCAAGGAAAGUGACAACCAUAUUAUCAUUACAAUGAACCCUUUUUCAA